CAAUCUCAAAUAGUUUUAUUUUAAACGUUUCUUUGUUAAAAUUUUAGAUGGAAAUUCUUACGGCUGAUGUUGAGAAAGAAGAAAAUGUGAUAAUAGUAGUGAGAUAAGCGAGGAAAAUGGAGAUGAAAGUGAUAGUGGUAGUAAGAUAAUUGAUGAAAAUGGAGUUCAGGAAAUCACUGUUGGAGUUAAAAAAAGUGCAAAUGACUAAAACCUAGAAAAAACGGAUGUGAGAUCAUGCACUUGCUGGCAAAAAGGUUCAUUUUUGGUUUCAUUUUUUUUUCGAUUAAAUUUACCUAAAUUUUCCCAUUCUAUCAUAAAUUUCCGUAUAUACUACAUCAUCAUCAUUAUGACUAGGCUUCGUAAACGAACAUUUGCAAAGGGCUUUACUCACGCUUGUUGCAAACGCUACAUACGUGAGGCGUAUCCUUCCAGUCUCCGCAGUGGAUAUUUUAGGUGAAAUACAGCGUGUGCGGAACUGAUCGGACCCUUUACUCCUAUGGUUUAUCCACUUUGACAUAGGUUUUUAUUAGAAUACUCUCUCCUAGAUGGAUGGCCUUACAAGCGAACUCCAUCUGCCCGGGUUUGGAGUUUGAGUUGUCCUCCCAGGACGAAUGUUGGGAGGCUAUCGAGCAUAUCUUAACCGUGGACGCACUUUACCUGACCUUUCAGUUGAGAAUUCUUCGGUAUGGGAACCCCACCGAUACGAUACGGUCAACAUAG